AUGUAAAGCUUAAGCCCAUCUAGAAAAGUUAAACCAAAUAACACAACUCAUUUAUUAAAUAUUUCAUCUAAGUUCACUGGAACUGGUGGAAAUUGCUCAUCACUUGCUCCUAAAAAGGUAUAACCUAUCCCUAAAGUAAAAAAAACUGGUAUUUUUGAAGCUAAAGCUAUUGAAGCUGUUGAAAUUAAUCUCUUCAAAAAGUAUUAUGAUAGAGGUGAUUUACCUAUAGCAGUCAACUUCCACGGAGCUCACCGCAAGAUUUCAUGGAAACUUGAACCUGAAUUGUUAGAUUACCAUUUAUAUUUGCCUAUAUUUUUUGAAGGACUUAGAGAAACUGAAGAACCCUAUAAAUUCUUGGCUGAUCAAGGAUGUGAAGAAUUACUUGCUAGAGGUGGAGCUAAAAUAUUUGCUGUGCUUCCUCAAUUAAUUAUUCCUAUUAAGAAGGCACUUAGCACAAAGAGUCAUCCAAUUAUGUGCACCACUUUAAAGAAAAUAUAAAAGUUAGUUACUUCAAGUGAUAUGAUUGGUGAAGCUCUAGUUCCUUACUACCGUUAAAUUUUACCAGUGAUGAAUAUGUUCAAAAAUAAGAGAUUGAAUAUUGGAGACCAUAUUGACUAUUCUUAAAGAAAAAAUGAGAAUUUAUCAGAUCUAAUUUAGGAAACAUUAGAAAUACUUGAAAAGUAUGGUGGAGAAGAUGCUUACAUUAAUAUUAAAUAUAUGAUUCCAACUUAUGAAAGUUGCAUGUUCUGA